CCGACAGCCUCCCACGAAGCGGCGGCCGAGUUCUUGACUUGUCUCGAGGGUUUUGGCAGCGGCGGCCGGAGAUGGGGGAGCGGGCGAAGGAAUGGCUCCUCGCCGCUGGUGCCGGCGCCGCCGUCGGCGCGCUGUCUGCCGCCGCGGUCAUGAAUCUUCUAUCGAGAUCCAAGCGGAGAGAGGGCUACGUGCGGCAACUGCUGGAAUCGAAUGGCGUCACGGCUGGUGCGGGCAACGCUCGAUCCAGCAGGCAUCUGGGUGCCACUGGUAGCUCCGAUCUUCUCUCAGAUGAAGUGGUCUCUGAACAGCUUACAAGGAAUACACAAUUUUUUGGCAUGGACUCUCAGAAGAAAGUGACUGAAUCCUAUGUUGUAGUCAUUGGUCUUGGAGGGGUUGGCAGUCAUGCAGCUUCUAUGCUCCUGAGAUCUGGUGUCGGCAGGUUGCUCCUUGUGGAUUUUGAUCAGGUCUCACUCUCGUCACUAAAUCGACAUGCUGUGGCAACCAGAGAUGAUGUUGGUACUCCAAAAGCAUUAUGCCUCAAGAAGCAUUUUUCGAUGAUAUACCCAGAGUGCCAAAUAGAUGCAAGAGUGCAACUGUAUGAUCCAUCAUCUGAGGCAGAGAUUCUUUCUGGACAGCCUGACUUUGUUCUCGAUUGCAUAGAUAACAUUGAUACCAAGGUGGCGCUCCUUGCAGCCUGCGUCCGCAGAGGUUUAAAGGUGCUUUCUGCAAUGGGGGCUGGAGCUCGAGCUGACCCCACCAGAAUUCGUGUUGCAGAUUUGAGAGAAUCAAGCAAUGAUCCCCUCUCUCGAUCAGUGAGGUACCGGCUUAAGAAGGAACAUGGAAUUGAAGGUGGAAUACCAGUGGUUUUUUCAUUGGAAAAGCCAAAGGCAAAGCUACUUCCCUUUCAAGCUUCAAAAGAAGAGGAAACUCCAUCAGAUUACCAGAUUGUGCCAGGGUUUAGGGUUCGCAUUAUCCCAGUGCUGGGAACCAUCCCUGCAAUAUUUGGUCAAGUUAUGGCGUCCUAUGUGGUUACUCAGCUUGCUGGAUUAGAUUUUCAAACUGAGCCAGUUGUUAACCUGGAUUUGGAUCAUUACUGUAUACUUCAUCAGCGUCUUAUUGAGCAUGAGGAGCUGACAUAUGGGACAGCUGAGCAAGUUCUGGUAGAUGCUGAAGAGAUAAUGUACAUCGUCAAGGAAUUGUGGCGUGGUCGAAGUGCUAGAGACCAAAAUCAGAAGGACACUGGGCGGAAAAUGUGGAGAUCUGUCAAUGAGCUAAUGCUUGUCAGAUGGGACAAAUCAAAGCCUGCUGGUGCGUCAAACUUAAUACUUCUCAAGUUCAGUGAGGCUGAUGCGCAUGAAUCCACUACACUUGAUCAUAUAAAAGAAGAGGAACCUGAAUUCUACUCUAUGGUCACGCGUGUGCUGAAACGGGCUGAAGUGGAGUUUGGUUUAUGAGUGGGUCAUCUAUCUGAUUGAAGUUUUGUUGCUGCGGUUCGGUUAUAACCUUGGAUCAACAAGUAGAUCAAGCACUAGAUUCAGUUCUGCGCGAUCCAUUUCGGGAAUACCUGAUGAGCAUGCUACGAUGAAAACGAUGUGCAGGUUUGGUUUUCUGCAGUCGAACCAUGAGCUUUCUGUCCUCAUGGAAUCGUGCCACUUGUCAGCUAUGUAUCAAUUUUCCGCGUGAAUCUUAUCAUGUAACCAGGCAAACCAAAGAUUUUUUUUUCUUGUGAUCUGAUGGGCAGAGCCAGUUUGAUGCGAUUCGGAUCGUUUCGUGGGCACCCCCGUGUACAUCACCGAUAAUACUGAGCUGAUGAUAUGCGAGGAAAUUCUUGCAGAGACCAGGGGUCUUGGUCUUGCAAUGGA